AUGUCUGACCCGCAAGAAUCCAAGGCCACCGGGGUCGGGUGUGAAGGUGGCAGUGCCUCAUGCCAGACGCCUACAAACGAUCAAGGACCAGGCAAUCACGAGGCUCCUGUUGAGAAGCUCCCGGUCCGGGCCGAGCAACCCGAAGACGCUUAUAUUGUCAGGAUGCCCAGCGAAAUAAUCCUCUCCAUCGCGGAACACAUGGAUCGGCAGAGCUUGAGAAGCCUGGCCCUGACAUCAUCCAGGCUGCACCACACCGUGCGUGAUGAGUUCUAUCGAAGCUCUAAUUACGAGAACUUUCGCCUAGCUUUGGAGGCGGGCGAUAUCGCAAUGAUUGAACGAUGUCACGAGCGCAACGCUGCCCCUGUGGACGCCGCCUGGGUGAGGGAGCGUGCAAGGCGAUAUGAGGAUCCGCCCGGUUGCUUUGACUACAGGCCAAUUGACUACCUGAUGCUUGCCUUUGAAGAGAACAAGAUGACACCGAGUCAAUGCUAUGCUAUACUGUCGUGGCUCGUGGAGGAGGGCAGUGACUUGGCCACAGCCUGCAUCCCCUUCCGUUACUGGAUUGACGGAAACAUGGGCAAAGAAUUCCAAUUCGCAAGGACCAUGAGGCAUAUGCCGCAUUCGUUUCUCCGAGCCUUUGCGGUAGAAACUGAUAGGACCAAGCUCGCCGGCGCUGCUAUCAGCAUUUGCUGCCUGUCAGACCGAGGCUUCAAUUUUCCGCGAGAGGCACUAAACGGGUAUUACGGAUGCAUACGCUGGAGCAAAGCGUCACUGUGGGAGUUUACGCCUCCCCCGUACCGUGACAACAGUUCCAUGAUAAGGAUGAUGAGGUCGGCCUGCCCGCCUAUGGUGCUCGAGGCCUUUCUCAAGCAGCUACAACGACAAGGCGCAACACUGACUUCCCCUCUUGAGCGAUGCCCGGAGAGCUUCCGAUGCAGCCAACCCUGCAUCCAGAUCCAAGAGAGCCCUGACAUACGCAUGCAAGUAGUCAGUCACGACACCUUGGGGACCCAGUUUUGGAUAUUGGUAAGGGGACUCUACAGUGACCUUCUAGAACCCCUGAUAUGGAAGCCGGUAUACAACGGCGAGAUUGGUGAUAUUUUUGCGGAAAGGUUGAAGCUGCUGGACAAGUACCAAGGGAUCGAUGAAAUUGAGAAGCGCCAUAUUCUCUCAAUCCUGGCAGUUUUGCGAAAGAUUGAGGACAACAGCCAGAUCAGACGUGAUGCAGAAGCCUGCUGGCGAGAGAUCUCGUCAGUACUCACCGACUUUCACGAUCACUCCGAGAUCCUGAAGGUCAAUGAGUACGGCGCACCGGCCGACAGGGUGCAUCGGUUCUCCUUUAGGAAAUGCCUUAGCCCCGAGGGGUUGUGGAAUUUGCAUCUUUACCGCGAUGCCCUUUGGUAG